AUGGACACCGCUGGCAUCAUUCCCGACAUCAUCGACGUCAAGCCCGCCUCCAAGGCCACCAUCACCUACCCCUCCGGUGCUCAGGUGACUCUCGGCAACGAGCUGACGCCCACUCAGGUGAAGGACAUUCCCACCGUUGAGUUCGAAGCCGAGGCCGGAUCUCUGUACACCCUUCUGCUGGUGGAUCCCGAUGCACCCAGCCGUGCCGACCCCAAGCUCCGUGAGCUGCUCCACUGGCUGGUGAUCAACAUCCCCGGCAACAAGGUGUCCGAGGGCCAGACCAUCGCCGAAUACAUUGGCGCUGGACCCCGCGAGGGAACCGGCCUGCACCGCUACGUGUUCCUGGUGUUCAAGCAGAACGACAAGAUCACCACCGAGAAGUUUGUCUCCAAGACCAGCCGCACCGGACGCACCAACGUCAAGGCCCGCGACUACAUCCAGAAGUACAGCUUCGGCGGACCCGUUGCCGGCAACUUCUUCCAGGCCCAGUUUGACGACUACGUGAACACUCUCCUCGAAACCGUCAAGUAAUCUGGCCAUGAACUGAUCAGCGAUCUGUGAAAUAAUAAAUAUUAAAUACUAGUUUCCAUAACAAA